UGGGAAAAAGAGAAGAGACCUAUUCACCCGCCAAUUCAUCCUCUUCACCGAUCUUGGGCUCCACUCGCACCUACACCAUCGCGUCUGUACCUGCGAAACCUCGAUCUAUGCCUGCUUUUCCACUGAAUCUCGAACUCCUCUUUUACCUAUCCGCUUUCAAAGAAUUCAUCUGGAAACUGGCCUCUAAUAGCUCGCGUUUAUAUAGUGCUGUCACGUGGUCGUCAGAAACCACCACCAGGCAUGAAUUCGUCGUUGUGCCUGACGCCGGCCUGCAUUCACGCAGCGUCUGAAAUUCUCUAUAACUUGUCUCCGGAUUAUCAAACAAUCGAUGCUUGUACUCAUUUCGAUAACCUCGUCUGUGAUGGCUUCAGCGACCGCCAUGAUAUCCCACAGGAUAGAUCCUCCUACUCGACGGGAACUAUCAUGUCUGAAAAUGGACAGACUACCUUGAGACAUAUCCUAGAAUCUCCAUAUCCAACUAAGUCUGAGCAUUCUUCGUUUUCGCCUCAGAAUCUUAUGAAGGUUGCCGCCUCCUCGGACGAAGACAACUUUAACAUGAUACAGGAGGCUUACAAUUCAUGCAUGAACGAGACCACCCUUCAGAAAAUAGGUGUCGCUCCUCUCGUUAGCUUGAUAGACCAAAUUAUCGCCUCCUUCCCUGUUGCCGAGGGUGCGUCUGGAUCAGUCCAAGAAGCAGAUUAUGCUGCCCUCAGCGAGACUAUCGUUUUCCUAGAGAAGAUCGGAGUUGGCUCAUUUGUAGGUCUUGGUGCUGGAGCUGACGAUAAGAACCCUGACGUUGUCAUCGUCCAAGCGUACCCUGCGGGACUUUCGCUGCCUUCACCAGAGUAUUACCAGGAUGCCGACACCGUAGCCUCAUAUCAGACCAUGCUCGGAGAAGUUUUUGCUGCUCUACUUCCAACUAACUCUUCAGGAGCAUCGGCUCAAGGCCUUGCUCAAUCUGUUGUUGACCUUGAAAAGAAGAUUGCGGCUAUUACACCGCCCCCUGAGGACCAGUCAGAUGUUACUAAAUACUACAACAUUGUCCAACUUGCCGAUGCUGGAAAGAUUGGCCCAGCAAUUGGGCUGGAUUCAAUUGUGAAGGCUUUGGUCCCCGAGAACUACACAGCAGACAGCUUAAUGCUAGCAUUCCCGGGAUUUCUGAGCAACGUAUCUCAGAUCAUCUCAAACACGUCGAAGUCCACUAUACAGAGCUAUCUAGUUUGGAAAUUAGUUGACGCAUACUCCUCCUAUGUCGAGGGACCAGAGGUUCAGCCCAUCGUCCAGUUUGGUAAUGUUCUAUCUGGAAAGGAUCCAAAUACAAAGUCCGAACGGUGGAAGACUUGUGUUAGCUACGUCGAUAGUACCCUCGGUUGGAUACUCAGUCGAUUUUAUAUCGAGGCAGCAUUUUCUGAUGAGGCCAAAAAGUACGGCGACCAGAUCAUAAUGGAUAUCAAGCACCAAUUUAUCUCAAAACUGAACGAUUUGAGCUGGAUGGAUGACUCGGUUAAGAAAUUGGCCGCGAACAAGGUGAACAACAUCGAUCAAAAGAUCGGGUUCCCCACGACUUCUCCGGACAUUACGAACCCGGAGGCGUUGCAGGCUUACUAUAGUGGCUUGACUAUCUCGGACUCAUUCUUCAAUAACACACUAUUGAGCAACAAACAGGAAACACAAAGAAGUUGGGCAGCCCUCGGAAAACCUGUUGACCAUGGCGAAUGGGGUAUGCAAGCUGACAUUGUCAAUGCUUACUAUAACCCCGUUGGCAAUGAGAUUGUUUUCCCAGCUGGCAUCAUGCAGUUCCCCGUCUUUGAAUUGGGCUUGCCUGGCUAUGUGUCUUACGGCGCCUUUGCCUCGGUUGCUGGCCACGAGUUAUCCCACGCGUUUGAUAACUCCGGUAGACAUUAUGAUGAGCAUGGCAAUUUCACGGAUUGGUGGACAAAUAACACGGUCCAGGAGUUUGACAAGCGCGCCAACUGUUUCGUAGAUCAGUACAGCAAUUUCACAGUCCAGGGAAACAACGGCGAACUCCUGCACGUUAACGGAAAACUUACCCUCGGUGAGAACAUCGCCGACGCUGGUGGCGUCUCUGCAGCUUUCGCAGCGUGGAAGGAUCGCACGGCGUCUGCGCCCGAUCAAAGCCUUCCAGGGCUGGACUUCUUCACACAUGAGCAGCUCUUUUUCGUUUUCUACGGCAACUGGUGGUGCGGUAAGGUUCGAAAGGAACAGGCGAUCCAGGGCAUCUACACGGACCCGCAUUCGCCAGCGUUCGCUCGUGUGUUAGGGACUACGGCGAACUCGAGGGCAUUUAGGGAGAGCUUUAACUGUCCAGCGAAGGAACCUACUUGUGAGUUGUGGUAAUCGUGGUGGUAAGUUGAAGAUUGGAAGAGCAUAUGUAAGAGGGGAAAUUGAUUGACGUCCUCCAUUUCGAAUCUUGUUCCUAGGGAAUCUUGGAGUUAUCUAAAUUGAACGAAUUUGACAUGGAAUCUUCCAAUAUUCU